UUUUGUUUAGAUUUUAGUAGUUCAAACAGCCCCAGAUAACCUCAAAAUAUGUGAUAACAGUGUUUACUUUUAAGAUAAUUUUUUAUUUUUUAUAUUUUAUUUUCACCAGAAUAAUUCACUAAUCAAGUUUACUGAUAUCAAAAAGAACAAAAAACAACAAACAAACCAAAAGCAAACCAUUCUUGGAGACAAAAUGCGACUGUUAGGGUGCCUGAUAUUAUUUAUAGCUUUUACAGUUUCAUAUUCAUGGAGAUUUUUCCAUAAUGGUAGACUGAAGGGUGGUAAUCUUGGAAUUCCCCAUCAGAAGGGAAUAAAAGGAACAUCCAGAAAUUUUACUAGAUGGUUUAAACAGACAUUGGAUCAUUUUGAUACAGAAAAUGUAGCUACUUGGCAACAGAGGUAUUACGUAAACGAAGACUUUGCAGAUCAACAAAGAAAAGUGGCUUUUCUAAUGAUUGGAGGUGAAGGUGAAGCAACAGAUGUGUGGAUGACAAACGGUGCUUGGGUUGAUUACGGCAAGAAUAUUAGUGCCGUUUUAUUCCAACUUGAACACCGUUUCUAUGGAAAAAGUCAUCCUACGAAAGACUUAAGCGUGGAAAAUUUAAAAUAUCUAUCCAGUCAACAAGCCUUAGCCGAUAUAGCAACAUUUAUUGUAUCAAUUGGUGAUGAAUAUAACUUAGAUCCAGAUGUUAAAUGGAUAGUUUUUGGUGGUUCUUAUCCCGGUUCCCUGGCAGCCUGGGCCAGAUUGAAAUACCCCCAUUUAAUUUACGGUGCCGUAAGUUCAAGUGGACCUUUGUUAGCUGUUGAUGACUUUGAAGAUUAUUAUCAAGUUGUUAAUGAUGACUUAAGAUCUAUCAGUGAAGAAUGUUAUACAGCCGUUAAAAAGGGCACAGCUGAAAUAGAUGUUCUUUUACAACAUAUGGUUGGCCAAAGAACACUGACUAAACUGUUUCAGUUAUGUGAUCCCUUAGAAAAAAGUAUCAAUAAUGAAAACGAUGUUUCAAAUUUCUAUGAAAAUUUGGCUUCAAAUUUUGCUGGUAUAGCACAAUAUAAUAAAGACAACAGAUUGAGUACAAAAGGUACAGCAUUAGGCAAUAUCACGUUAGACACUGUUUGUGAUAUUAUGACAAACACAUCUCUUCAAUCAGAGAUAACUCGAUUGGCUACUUUUAAUUCCCUUUUACUUAAUGCCACAAAUCAAACUUGUCUGGAUUUUAAGUAUUCGAAGAUGAUUGGUGAACUGCGCAAUAUCAGCUGGGAUAGUUCACAGGCAGAAGGAGGAAGGCAGUGGACUUUCCAAACUUGUAACGAGUUUGGAUUCUUCCAAACAUCUGAUAAAAAACCUCAGAUUUUCGGCGAUAAAUUUCCAUUAAAGUUCUUUGUUCAACAAUGUUCUGACAUUUUCGGUUCCCAGUUUGAUGGAGAUUAUUUAAGUAGGGCUAUUAAGGCCACAAAUAUAAAUUACGGAGCUUUGAAUAUUGAGGUGUCAAAUGUUGUGUUUGUUCAUGGUUCUGUAGAUCCAUGGCAUAAGCUUGGUAUACUAAAAGUUUUGAGUAAGUCGACGCCGGCCAUUUAUAUUCCAGGUACCGCCCAUUGCGCCAAUAUGUAUCCAGCCUCGGACAACGACCUACCGGAUUUGAAAGCUGCCAGGGCUGAGAUUGAGUUUCACAUAAACAAAUGGCUGAAUUUUGGUUAUAAAAUUUAAAUUGUAUUUUAAAUAAAUUAAAUUACGUUAUGUUAAAUAUAAAAAGACUGUUGAAUCUCAU